AAGUAGAAUUAAAUAUAAAAACCCCAAGUCCUUUAGGCGUCAAUCGGUCUCAGUGUCGAAGCAGACGAAGCGGAGCGCGAGAGAGAGAAAAAGCGAGUCUGCGGCGGUCUUCCAAGACGGAAGCUUUGCCUCUAAGUUGGGCUCUUGAUCGUCGCCGCUCAUCCAUGGCUGGGCCAUCGUGGUUGGUUGACAAAAAUAGAAUCGCAACAAAAAUCAAGAGUGCAUCUGGCAGAUAUGAUCCUAAUGUGAUUAUAUGGCAAAGCAACCCAACUAAAGCUUGUCCAAAAUGCCAGCAUACGAUUGACAAUAGUGACGUUGCUCAAGAGUGGCCAGGUUUACCCAAGGGUGUAAAAUUUGAUCCAACUGAUCAAGAGAUUAUAUGGCACUUAAUUGCAAAAUCUGGUGUAGGUGAUCGAAAACCCCAUCCUUUUAUUGAUGAGUUUAUUCUAACUGUUGACGACGAUGAAGGAAUCUGUUGUUCCCAUCCUAGGAAACUACCUAGUGUUAAGCUAGAUGGAAGUGCAUCCCACUUCUUUCAUAGAGCAAUUAAGGCUUACAAUACUGGAACACGAAAGCGUCGAAAGAUACAUGAUGGUGAUGGUGAUGUCCGCUGGCACAAGACUGGAAGGACUAAACCAGUGAUCUUGGAUGGGGUGCAAAGAGGGUGUAAGAAGAUUAUGGUUCUAUACAUGAGCACGGUCAGAGGAGAAAAACCUGUGAAAACCAAUUGGGUUAUGCAUCAAUAUCACCUAGGCGUUGAGGAGGAUGAGAAGGAUGGAGAGUAUGUUAUAUCUAAAAUAUAUUAUCAGCAGCAGGAAGGUAAGGAAGCUGAUAAAACUGAUCAAGAUGUUCCUGAAAGUAUUGAUGCGGUGAUCACCAAGGUAGAUCCAGUCACUCCCAAGUUGGUUACUCCUGAACCUCCGCGCGCUGAACGAAAGCUUGGUGAUUUUGAUUUGGGAUUGGAUACUCCUGCUCCUUCCAGAGAUCCCUUUCUUCAGUAUCGUGUGGAGGAUGGUGCUGAAGAUGAGGAUGAAGUUCAUUUUGAGGUGGACCGUGCUUUAGAUGAAAUUCAUCCAGAGGUGGACUGUGCUGAAGAUGAUGUUUGUCCUGAAUCUGAAAUGCCUGACGAUUAUGACCAACACAAGUUAGAAAAUCAAGCCGAUGAAGUAAUUAAUAACACUGAAAACAUUGCUCAGGAAGAUCCAAAAUGGUGGGACAGUGAGUCACAGAAUCUUCUGGAUUCGCAACAACUUGUGGAAGGGUUGUCUCUGUGUGAUGAUCUCCUUCAGAGCCAAUCUCCAACUAGGGGUGGACUUGAAAAUGGUGAACAAGCACACAUCAAACCCCGUCUUGCUGAUUAUGCUAAACUAGGACCAGAGGAUUUAAAGAGGGAUCUAGAGGCUUGUCAAAAUCUUGUCCUCGAUCCUGCUAAUAUUUUGGAACUCGAUACACCUCCAGAUUUCCGACUUAGCCAGCUGGAAUUCGGGUCACAGGAAAGUUUCCUUUCUUGGGGUGGCAAGGUGGCUGACUGAACAUGGUUCAGGAUUUCUAGUGUUGGUCAUGGUUUCAUGGUGGUAAAUAUUUUGUGGCUACAUUUUGAUUAAUCUUCACCUAUCAAAUCAGCUCAGCGUGAUAUCCAACUUUUUGCUGAAAACAGAAUGAACUGUGAGACCUGGUUGUAAAGUACUGUUUGUGAACUGAAAUUCUCACAUCGAUCGAACUUACUCGUUUUGUUCUCUGUUUAUAAUCAAGCUAAAAUGCUGUUGUUUA